CAGCGUGCUCAGGAUUAUACGGAGCUAAUCAAACGGUUCUCCGCUUUAGAGUUGUCGACCGUGGGAAACUACAAAAUUUUGUCAGAGAUUGGAUCCGGCGCAUUCGGACAGGUCUAUCUCGGGUACCACAAGAUGAUUAGAUGUAAGGUCUGUCUCAAGAAGGGGAAUCGGACCCUCUCGCUGACUGCUUCUGAUAGUACAGCAGCAAAUGCUAACAACGACAACUUGAUGAGAGAAUUCUACUACCUAAGGGAAUUUAGACAACACCCACAUAUUACAAAGUUAUACGAAAUUAUUUUCACAGAAAAUUCGGUCUAUAUGAUCCUUGAGUACUACCCUUCUGGCGACCUAUUCGAGUACGUCACUAAGAACGGGCACCUAUCUGUUGAUGAGUCUUUGAGGCUUUUCACGCAAUUGGUGGGCGCCGUCUACUAUCUACACAAGAGCGGAUGUUGCCACCGAGAUCUAAAGCUAGAGAACGUCUUGCUCGAUAAGCACAUGAACGUCAAGUUAUCUGAUUUUGGGUUCACAAGAGAAUUGCCCUUUGCACAGCACGGCUCCAAAUCGCUACUCUCCGAAUACUGUGGAACUGGUGCUUACAUGGCACCUGAAAUAGUUCAGCGUAAGCCAUAUUCUGGAAUCAAAAUCGAUAUUUGGGCUUUAGGCGUUAUGUUCUACACCAUGCUCACGGGAGAAAUGCCGUUCGACGAU